UCUUGACAAAAACCAGAGAGAGAGAGAGAGAGAGAGGCUUUACGAAGUAGGAAUCGAAGAUCAGUUCGCAGGGAACUUUGAAACAAACUGGCAUUAGAAUUUGGUGGCGCAGCGGAGAUGCGGACGCAGCCCCAAAAUCAAGGCAGUUACUACCACCAUCAGCCUAUAAAGAAAGUGGAUCAAUACUGCUACUCUUCUUUGCACAUACUAAACAACAAUAUGUCCCCUGAUCAUAAACUUCCCCCACAAACUCAAAUUUCUUUCCAGAGACAAGAAGAUUCAUACUUUACACUCGAGUCAUCUACACUUUCUAGCUACCCGAGCCAUGAAUCCCCUCCUGCAGCGAGCGUCUCAUCUAGCAGAACCCCCUUAUCAUCGCAAGAAGGUUCACAAUCUCACAAUUCAGACCCAACCCAUAAUUCUUGCAAUAACACCCAUGAUUCCCCUGUUAGCAACUCUUCAACUUCAAUUGUGGAUGAUAACGAAAUCCUAGACUUGAAACAACUGCUUAUCCGCUGCGCGGAAGCGAUAUCAAAUGGUGAAUUUUCGAAAGCGGUGAGGAUGACUGAGACUCUAGAACACAUGGUCUCGGUUUCAGGGGAGCCCUUUCAGAGGUUAGCCGCGUACGCGUUGGAGGGACUCAGAGCGAAGCUCCUAUCCUCGGGAAACAUAAUCUACAAGAAGUUGAAAUGCGAUGAGCCAAUCACAAGCUCUGAAAUGAUGUCAUACAUGUCCGUCUUAUACCACAUAUGUCCUUAUUACAAAUUCGCAUACACGUCCGCAAAUAUCAUCAUCAUGGAAGCCACUCGAAACGAAAAUCGAAUCCACAUUAUUGAUUUCUGCAUUGCCCAAGGAAGCCAGUGGAUGGACUUCAUUAAGAUGCUGGCAAAGCGGCCAAAUGGGCCGCCUUCCCUUCGAUUAACCGGAGUUGACGAUUCCGACUCGUUCCACGCACGCGGAGGAGGAAUGGAUAUAGUGGGGACUCGUCUUAAAGAAGUAGCCGAUUCAUGCAAAGUUCCGUUUGAAUUCCAUUCCGCGGGCAUGUCAGGUUGUGAUGUGGAACUCGAGAGGCUCGGAAUCAGAACCGGAGAAGCCAUAGCAGUGAACUUCCCAUACAUGUUGCACCACAUGCCAGACGAGAGUGUGAACACUUGGAACCACAGGGACCGGUUAAUAAGACUUGUGAAGAGUUUAUCUCCGAAAGUGAUGACACUAGUCGAGCAAGAAUCGAAUACGAAUACUUCUCAUUUCGUGGCGAGGUUUUGCGAGACUCUGGAUUAUUACAAUGCCAUGUUUGAAUCUAUAGAGGCGGGUUGUCCUAAAGACGAUGAUAAGAGGAGGAUCAAAACAGAGGAGCAUUGUGUGGCUCGGGAUAUUGUGAGUAUAAUAGCUUGCGAGGGAGAGGAAAGGGUGCAAAGACAUGAACUAUUUGGGAAGUGGAAGGCUAGGCUUAUGAUGGCCGGUUUUAGUCCUUGUCAAUUGAACCCUUAUGUGAGUAUUGCAGUUAAGGAGAUGCUUAAAAGAGAAUUCAGUCCUAAUUUCAAAACAGCAGAGAUGAAUGGAGCGUUAUACCUCGGGUGGAAGAACAGAGCCAUGGCGACUUGUUCUGCAUGGAGAUGAAUUAGUGGUGCCAAAAGAGGUACAAACAUAUGUAAAGAAAGGAGAACCUAAUUGGAGGUUGUUUCUAGUGAUUAGGUUUCAAAUUCUAUAAAA